UUCUAACGUUCAUUUAGAAUCUUAACAUCUUUGUCUCAUGGACUUUGGCAUUAUUAGACAAUGUUAAAAGGAAUGUGUUCCGUUGGUGUGUAGCCUACUUCUCAAAGAUGGACCCACUGCGCAUUAUCUGAUGAAUACAGUCAACCCGCUAUAUUCGCGAAUCUCCGGAUGACGGAAUCGUAUUUCUGCUUAAACUAGUUUAUAGCCUAUUUUGUAUUAACUAAACGCUGGUGAUACAGACACAUCAAAUGAAAAACAAGACUAUUAUGGCGGAGUGUGGCCUUACCCACACUUGAAAUGAUGGAUUAUCAACAAAGGACAUCUAAGGGCGGAGCCUGGACAACUCUGGAGUCUAACUCAGACCUGGGAACCACAUGGACUGUGCACAGGGCACACAACUGCCAAAAGCAUGGGGAUAAACAAAGUUGAGGACAGAAUUCAAGAGGUCUUUGAAAAGAAACAACCACGUGAUAUCUGGGUGCCAAUGCUCCAUCAGAAGGUCAAAAGGGUGCCGGUAGCUAGUGAGACCUUUCUCAGAAAUGCAGAGAACUAUACACACCGACUCCAUAACGCUUUACCAAGGUGUCAAUGGACUUGAAUACGACGCACAAGCCCACCAACCCUUGGCGCAACUGGAAAGCAACCACAAGGACUUGAAUAGUGUUUUUCAGUCAUUUGACAACAUCAAAUCGCAGCUCAAAUCAAAAGGGAAAACACCAAAGCCAAAUGUCACAGAGAACAUUUUUCCUUGGAUGAGAGAGUCGAGGCAUUCAAUCCAGAAAUCUAACAACAAAUUAUCAGAUGACAUCUCCAGAGACGAGAAAAGUCCAACGACUGCCUCGACCUCCAAAAGAGCGCGCACUGCAUACACUAGUGCUCAGUUGGUGGAACUUGAAAAGGAGUUUCACUACAACCGUUAUCUGUGCAUAACUAGGCGAUUGGAGAUGGCUAACUCUCUCAAUCUUAACGAGAGGCAGAUUAAAAUAUGGUUUCAAAAUCGGAGAAUGAAGCACAAGAAAGAUGAAAAGUUUAGAGGGAUAUGCUCGCAUAGCCCGACUCUCUCUAACCUAGGCUAUAUUGAUAUGGGCUGUGAUUAUAAUAAAAUCGCCCCUCCAUCUUUAAAGACUCAGAAAAACACAACAGGGGUGGCACCAGCCGGCCAAAAUUCGAUGAAAGUCCACCCGUUCCUGCAAAUGUGUGCAGCUUCAAAAUAUGAUCCCAGCAGUGAACGGGACGUUAGUAUUUUUCCCAAUCAUAAUGACCCCGGGGUCUCUGUUUAUGAUAUGACCUGUAACAUCUCCAUGGCCUCCUCUAAUAGUCCCACUGCGCAAAUGACAUCCAGGCAUGAGCAUGAAUUCAGCGAUCCAAACACUUCAUACUUGACAAGGCAUUAUUUCUCUCAAGAUAGAAUCAUGCAAGCCCCAAAACUUACUCAUUUGUAACACUUUUGGAAGACGUAGAGCCAAUGCCGAAUUCUUCUGUUGAAAUUAAAAUCCUUGUUUGAACCCAAUUUCAUCCACUGAAAGAACAUAUCAAGUUUUCAAGGCAUUUUAUGAACUGAAUUCAAACAUCACAAAAUGAAAUGCAGGGUGAUAAAUGCUACUUUUUGCAGAUACAAAUAACCAAUAGACGUAUUUAAUUGGUAGGCUAUUACUUUUGUAUUUAAUAGGGCACCUUUAAUUUAUGACCUGGUGUGUUAUCAUUUACUAUUAUAUUAUUUGUGAAUACAAGUGUAGUUCAUUACAUUGCAAGAAUUAAAAUC